AUGUCAACAUUCAGAGGAUCCCUAAAUAGCCUUUGCGUUAGGACAAGGUGCUGGAAGUGGCAGAGCGAAAGAAAAGGCUCGAGCGGAAAAUCAUAGCAAGCUACAGUAACUGUCCAUUCAUACGGAGACUUGUAGCAUCUGUUAUCAUAUCAGUCUAAAACAAAACCUGAGCCCUUAAGUCAAUUUGGAACACUCUACUAUCCGAAAGAAUGCAGCUUGGCCAGUCAACCCGGUGGGAGUGACCGAUAAGGAUGGGCCAAAGAAGUAGAGCCCACUGGUGAGGAGUGGUGGAGAGGCCAAACAGAACCAUAGCGACUAAACUACGCCGAGCAACACCAUGCCCCGCCUCCCCUCCUGAACUCUCCUCCGACUCAGUCCCUUCCACUCCCUCUCCCUCACACACAGAUACAGUCGAGCUGCGGGUCACGCUCGCUAUGGCCUCGGCCUACCUGUGGAAGCUGUCGUCCCAGAAGCUGGGCUUCUUCCUGGUGAGCUUUGGCUUCAUCUGGGGCAUGAUGCUGCUCCACUUCACCAUCCAGCAGCGGGCCACGCACGAGAGCAGCACCAUGCUGCGACAGCAGAUCCUGGAGCUCAGCAAGCGCUACAUCAAGGCCCUGGCCGAGGAGAACCAGAGCGUCAUGGACGGGCCCUACGUGGGAACCAUGACGGCCUAUGAUCUGAAGAAGACCCUGGCGGUGCUCCUGGACAAUAUCAUGGUACGGCUGGGCAAGCUGGAGUCCAAGGUGGAGAACAUCUACAACGGCACGGGGGCUAACCUGACCAACGGCACCAGCACGGUCACGCCCAGCGCCUCCAAUGCAGAGAAGGUCAACGUGGCAGAUCUGCUGAACGGCGCUCAGGAGAAAUGUGAGCUUCCCCCCAUGGACGGCUUCCCUCACUGUGAGGGCAAAGUCAAGUGGAUGAAGGACAUGUGGCGGUCAGACUCAUGCUACACCAACUACGGCGUGGACGGCUCCACCUGCUCCUUCUUCAUAUAUCUCAGCGAGGUGGAGAACUGGUGCCCGCGCCUACCGUGGAGAACCAAGACAUUGAAUGAGGAGGCCGACCGGAGGGGCCAGACGGAGAUCCGGACGAGCUUCGAGGAGCUAUAUCGGGUCAUGUCUCGGCGAGAAGAGUUCCGCUGGAUGAUGCUCCGGAUCAAGCGCAUGGAAGACCCCUGGAUCAACGCCAUCCGCGCCCUGGCUGCCAAGCAGAACCUGGCCAAGCGCAAGAGGAAGAAGAUCCUGGUGCACCUGGGCCUGUUGACCAAGGAGUCGGGCUUCAAGAUUGCAGAGAACGCCUUCAGUGGGGGCCCCCUGGGGGAGCUGUUGCAAUGGAGUGACCUCAUCACCACCCUCUACCUGCUGGGCCACGACGUACGCAUCUCCGCCUCCCUAGCCGAGCUCAAAGAGAUCAUGAGGAGAGUGAUGGGGAACAAGUCCAGCUGCCCCACCCAGGGGGACAAGGUGGUGGAGCUCAUCUACAUUGACAUUGUGGGCCUGACCCAGUUCAAGAAGACACUGGGGCCCUCUUGGGUCCACUAUCAGUGUAUGCUGCGGGUUUUGGAUUCCUUCGGCACAGAGCCCGAGUUCAACCACGCCCACUAUGCUCAAUCCAAGGGCCACAAGACCCCCUGGGGCAAGUGGAACCUCAACCCCCAGCAGUUCAACACCAUGUUCCCCCACACGCCAGACAACAGCUUCCUGGGCUUUGUGGUGGAGCAACACCUGAACGCCAGCGACAUCCGCCACAUUGACGAAGUCAAGCGGCAGAACCAGUCGCUGGUCUACGGCAAGGUGGACAACUUCUGGAAGGACAAGAAGACCUACCUUGACAUCAUCCACACCUACACGGAGGUGCACGCCACCGUGCACGGUACCAGCACUGUGCACUUGCCCAGCUACGUGAGAAACUACGGCAUCCUGAGCGGCCGUGACCUGCAGUUCCUCCUCAGGGAGACCAAGCUAUUUGUUGGCCUGUCCUUCCCCUACGAAGGCCCUGCCCCCCUAGAGGCCAUAGCCAAUGGCUGUGCCUUCCUCAACCCCAAGUUCACCCCUCCCAAGAGCAGCAAGAACACAGACUUCUUCAAGGGCAAGCCCACCCUGAGAGAGUUGACCUCCCAGCACCCAUAUGCUGAGGUGUAUAUUGGCCAGCCCCACGUGUGGACGGUGAACAUCGACAACCCUGCGGAGGUGGAGAGAGCCAUCCGCUCAAUCCUCAGUCAGAAGAUCGAGCCCUACCUGCCCUAUGAGUUCACCUGUGAGGGGAUGCUGCAAAGAGUCAACGCCUUCAUUGAGAAUCAGGAUUUCUGCCAUGGCCAGGUGAUGUGGCCUCCCCUCAGUGCUCUGCAGGUGAAGCUGGCUGAGCCGGGGAGCUCCUGUAAGCAGGUGUGUCAGGAGGAGCAGCUCAUCUGCGAGCCCUCCUUCUUCCAGCACCUCAACAAGGACAAGGACCUGGCCCGGUUCGGCAUGGACUGCCAGACAGUGGAGUCGUCGGGCGACACGGUGGUGCCUGCGUACAGCGACGCACGUCACCACUGCGUCUUCCAGUCAGACCUGCUGCUGUUCAGCUGCGCCGGCGCCCACCCCUCCCUCAAACGCGUCUGCCCCUGCCGGGACUACAUGAAGGGCCAGGUGGCGCUGUGCAAAGGCUGCCUAUAGCCACUGUCUGUCUGGGUGUGUGGAGAGGAUCGAACUGGAGUGGAUUGGACCCUGUACCCUUCCAGAGCGCUGCAGGGAAAUGGGGGGUUGGGGACCUCUAGCUCUGACCACUCAGACGGCUUGACUCCUUCCCCCUAGCUCCUCCCACAGCCAGUCCUCUGGAGGGAGGAAGAGCAGCCUGGGAACUAGACAACCAUGAGACAUUUAUAUUAUUUGUGUGUGUUUUUAAUCGCCUGAACUUUGACCUUAAGGUAUUUUGAUCAGCUUGUCAGACAGACACAGAAUCGGCAGAAAACUGGAAAUUCAAACGGUGGACAGAGAGGCCAGUGAGCUAUAUACAUUACUCUGGGAACUAGGAAUGUCAAUGAAACAGUUUUCAGUAAGGCAUGGGGCAGGAGGAAAGGUGGGUACAGAAAGAGACAUUGAGCAUCGGCCUGAAUUACUUGAAUCAAUGGGAGUAGCUGUAUAUUUGAGGCGGAGCGCAUGGCAACAGAGCUCCCUACUGCCCCUAGGCUGUGUGGCAAUAAAGCUUGUAGUCGCAUCGUGGGACCAACGAGCUGGUGUGUCGCCACACUCGGCAUGCUUUCCUUUCUGCCCCCUUUUAUCUUUGAACUAUGUAGGUUUGCACUGGAGACCCAUAAGGGGUCGUCCCAGGCAAUAAGGCUCAAUGUCCACACUAACAUACUACUUAAGAUGAAGCAAUGCACAGGGCAUGUAUUCUGAAUGGUAUGAAAAGUUGCCCAUAGAUCCUGAAAGAUGGUCAGUUUUUCUUUUCCCUUAUUUAUGGUUAAGGUCACGAAUGGGGGAAUGGAAGCUGAAUUUUCCCCUGUACCUAGGGGAAACUUCACCAAAAGAAAUGCUAGUGUGAAGCAAAGCCAGUUUUACACUGUAACUGUACCGCUCCCCAUAGUCGCGUCUAGACAGGGGAGUGGUCAGAUGUAGAUAUGUUGAUUUUUAAAUGUUCCAAAUUGCAAAUCACUUUCAAUCUUGAGGCAUUGUCCCUCAUGGUCAUUCCCAACUACAGCUCACAUGCUCCUCUGUAGCCCUGCAUGGUAGAUUGACCCUCAUGUUCCCAAUGUACAGACUAGAUGCUGAGUUUACAGCUCGCACACAUUCACUGCCACACACGCCUGACUGACCAGUUGGGAUGUGCUGGGGAAAAGAGGUGUGUCCAAAAUAAUUGCCAGUAGCCAAUGAAAAUCAUAAUUUUUAAUUAAUCAAUUUCAAUCAAAUGUUUCAAGAAAUUAUUAUCAGGUCAGAUCAGUCACAUGCAAUAGCUACUUGAUGGGGAGUCUGUGUGACACAGAUUAUAUAGUGUGGUACUGUUCUGUAAACAGAACACCAUCAGAGAUGUAGUGGGAAAGGUUACCCAGACAGAUCAAACAUCAAUCUUGCCUUGACCACAAUAGAUUUAUCUGAAAAAUAUUCUAAAUUAUUGAAGAUAUAUUGAUCAUGAAUAUUUGUAUUCUAGAUAUUUAAGUAUUUAUGUAUACACUAGACCGAAAGAUCACAUACAAACGUCAUUUCUAUGGCGGUACUGUACGUUAUAGCUCUUGACAGAGCAACACACACACCUGCAACUUUAGUUUACUUCAUUUGGAGAUCGUUUAGGAUCCUAAUUUGCCUGCCAAUUUUUUAAGCAUCAAUAAAAGUUUGAAUUAGUAGUCCUUGUUGUGAAUGGAAAUAAUGCACUACUUUAAUCUAGUUACUGAAGUUAAACAAAAUAUUACUAAUACUGUAUAUUCUUCAUAUUUAAAUUUAUUUUGUAUACAGAUCUUUGUUUGCUGAAUUGUUUGUUUUUAUUUAUAGAAAAGUUCUUUUUACAGAGGGUAAUUUUAUUUAUAGAAAAAUAAUAUAACGUGUACAUUCAAGUGGAUGGAUGAGACGGGAGUUGUUUGUCCAAUCUGACUCCCCCCUCCAGCAACAGUGAUGAGAGAAUGACAAAGAUAUCCAAAGGCUUUGGAAACAUGGCGGCAAAAGGCCAUGUAAAAACUUAGAAACUGGUCAAAAGUAGUACACUAUAUAGGGAAUAGGGUGUCAUUCAGACACACCUUGAGACCGUCCUCUUAGACACUGAUGAAAUGGACAGUAGUGACAGACGUCUCUUCUCAUCACUGUACUUUCGGGAUGAUGAUUACAUUGGGACAAAAGCAGCGCACACUUUUUGUUAUUGUAAAUGCCAGCAAGAACCUUGUGACGUUUUUAUUUUCAGGUCUUAAUGCAAACCAUUUGCACAUUUGUAAAUAUAGAUAUGUUGUCUUUUAGAUGGUCACUUGCUUUUUUCCCCGUACUGUCCAGAUCAGUUUUUAUUAAGUUUGUGUAUACGAUCUGCAGCCAAGCUACCGUUAUAAAAAGUACAUGACGUGCCUUUUGAUGGUUAUUACUAGACUCCGCUUAUCGUACCUGCCCAAUACAUCUACCGGACCUAGUGCCAGAGAAAAUUGUUAGAAGGAUAAUGUUUCUUAUAACAUUAACAGUAAUUGUAUGUGUUGGACUAAGUGGUGACGGUUAAAACAAAUGUCUCUUAAUGCUAUUGUGGACAUGUUUACCGAAGGCUUUUAGUGGGGUAAAAUACAGCAUAUGAAAGCAUCUGCUUCUUUGUGGCAGUGGCCUUGUUCUACUUGUAUUAGAGUCAGACUUAUUUAGAGUAUGUUGUCAACUAGGUCUUUCCUUUCAUUGGUUAUUUAUAAAUGAGGGAUCUUGAGAACCAAUAUAAAUAGCCUCUAUAAUUGUCUAUUUUAAAAUUGGUUUGUCCUAAAAUAAUAGCUGAAAGGAAGAUGUGUUAUGGACAUGAGAAGAUUUCCUUAAGUAUCUUUAACCCAACAUCGAAAUGAUUCCGUUGUCAAAUCUGCAUUCAUACAUAUCCAUUAUGACUUCUUUUUUUCAAUCUUAACCUUGUUUUAAGCCAUCAUGGAAAAGCUAAAGCAACGAUUGUUCUGGGACUAAAUUAUGACUACAAAAAAAUAAACAUUCUGUUUUCACAGUUUGACGAAUAAGUGGAAUAUAACUUUAUUUUUCAAUAAACCUUUUUCUGUGACAAA